AUGCUGGAGCUCUCGUCCCUCUGGCUCCUGAUCCCUUCCCGCGUCAGUCCCCGCGGCUCAGCCAUGGCUACGGCGUCUCCCUCUCCGCGCACGGUGCUGAUCACCGGCUGCUCCUCGGGCAUCGGGCUUGGCAUUGCCGUGCAGCUGGCACAAGAUCCAGGCAGGCGUUUUCACGUCGUUGCCACCAUGCGCGACCUGCGCAAGAAGGACAAGCUGGAGGAAGCUGCGGGGGACACGCUCAACAAGACCCUGACCAUCCAGCGCCUCGAUGUCUGCAGCGACGAGUCCGUGGCCGAGUGCAUGAGUAAUCUUCCUGAGAAACGGCUGGAUGUGCUAGUGAAUAAUGCUGGCGUGGGGCUUGUUGGCCCCAUUGAGUCCAUCUCUAUCGAUGACAUGAAGCGUAUCUUUGAGACCAACUUCUUUGGAGCCGUUCGCAUGAUCAAAGCUGUUCUCCCCCAGAUGAAGCAGCGCCAGAGCGGGCACAUCGUAGUGAUCAGCAGUGCCAUGGGACAGCAAGGUAUUCCAUUCAACGAUGUCUAUGCAGCCUCCAAGUUUGCCAUAGAAGGUUUCUGCGAGAGCCUUGCAGUGCAGCUCCUCAAGUUCAAUAUCUUUAUCUCUCUGGUAGAACCAGGCCCUGUGAACACAGAAUUUGAGAUGAAGUUGAUAGAGGAAGUGUCACACUCCGAAUUCCCAGGAGCGGACUCUUCCACAGUGCGUUACUUCAAGGAGAUCUACCUACCAGCCUCACAUGAGAUAUUCGCUACGCUGGGUCAAACGCCCGAGUCUGUGGCCAAGGCUGUUGUGAAGGUGAUCAGCAAGGAGCGCCCGCCAUUCCGGACACAGACGAAUGCCCUGUACACACCCCUGGUGGCCCUAAAGUAUGCCGACACCUCGGGGGAUCUGUCUGUUAACACCUAUUACAACCUGCUGUUUCGUUUCCCUGCCCUUCUCCACCUGUGCAUGUACUUCCUCAAAUGUAUCACCUGCAGCUGCUUCCGGCGCCGGGUCACACCUUCGUGAGAUAGGGGAGCCGAGGGUGGCGAAGCCGAGGAAGUCAACCACACCGCCCUGCUGUGCUGCUCUGGUGUGCAAAGUCCCACUAGGAAAAUAUGAAAAGUUUGCUAUGUAGCCAUUCAUCCUUGUUCUGGAGUAACAGGGUUCUGGGGACCCUUUUAGAUGCGUUGUGUGGGGCCCGUGGAUUUUCUAGUGAUACGG